GGCGGGGCCGAGGCAGGGGCCUAGCGCGGCGUUGGCGGCACUUUCCGCCUGCCCGGCUGCCGUCUUGUCGCUCUCGUCGUCUCCGGUGCGGAACAAAGGAAAGGAGUCAGUCCCAGCGCGGCGAUGGUGGGCAUUCCGGGAGCCUCCCAGUUUGCUACUGAGAAGAGGGUUCCAGUAAUGCCAGGAUCCCCAGUGGAAGUAAAAAUACAGUCACGAUCUUCUCCAUCCAGUAUGCCGCCACUGCCCCCUGUCAACUCCAGUGGUCCCCGACCCGUCUCAUUUACCCCUGCAGCAUUACCAAAUGGGAUGAAUCAUUCUCCCCCUACACUUAAUGGAGCAAAAUCACCACCUCAGAGGUUCAGCAAUGGACCAUCCUCAUCUUCUUCCUCUUCACUAACCAAUCAGCAGCUCCCAGCUACCUGCGGGGCUCGUCAGCUCAGCAAACUGAAGAGGUUUCUUACCACCCUCCAGCAAUUUGGCAAUGACAUUUCACCAGAGAUUGGGGAGAAGGUCCGGACACUUGUUUUAGCAUUAGUGAAUUCCAGGGUGACAAUAGAGGAUUUUCACUGCAAGCUUCAGGAGGCCACUAAUUUUCCUCUCCGUCCAUUUGUGAUUCCAUUCUUGGAGGCCAACCUUCCACUUCUGCAGAGAGAACUGCUGCAUUGUGCUCGGGCAGCCAAACAAACCCCUUCCCAAUAUUUGGCCCAACACGAGCAUGUCUUGCUGAACACAAACACGGCUUCCCCAGCUGAUUCAUCAGAGCUGCUGAUGGAAGUGAAUGGCAAUGGGAAGAGGCACAGUCCAGACAGGAGAGAAGAAAGCAGCUUUGAGAGAGACCCGCUCCCCUCGGAGCCCCCUGUCAAGAGGGUGUGCACCAUUAGCCCAGCCCCCCGGCAUAGCCCGGCACUCAUGCUGCCCGUCAUCAAUACAGCUGGGCAGUUUCACCCUACUCCACCCCCGCUCCAGCAUUACACCUUGGAAGACAUUGCAACCUCCCACUUGUACAGAGACCCCAGCAAGAUGUUGGAGCACAGGGAACUGCGAGACAGGCAUAGUGUUGGGUUAAAUGGAGGCUAUCAGGAUGAGCUCGUGGACCAUCGCUUAACAGAGAGAGAAUGGGCUGAUGAAUGGAAACAUCUUGACCAUGCAUUGAACUGCAUCAUGGAAAUGGUGGAGAAGACCAGGCGCUCCAUGGCUGUCCUCCGGCGCUGCCAAGAGGCCGACAGGGAAGAACUGAACUAUUGGAAGAGACGAUGCAGUGAAACAACAGAGCCACGGAAAGGAGGGAGUGACUUAAUUGUGAGACAGCACAGUCCAGGGAGCUCGGAUUCAGUCAGCAGUGAUUCUCAACGUGAGUUUAGUACCAGGUCAGGAGCAGCCAGCUACGUCACUGAAGAGAUCUGGAAGAAAGCCGAAGAAGCUGUGAAUGAAGUGAAGCGCCAGGCCAUGUCUGAAGUCCAGAAAGCUGUUGCAGAGGCCGAGCAGAAGGCAUUUGAAAUGAUCGCAUCUGAGAGGGCCCGAAUGGAGCAAACUAUUGCAGAUGCCAAGCGCCAAGCAACUGAGGAUGCUUUCCUAGUGAUCAAUGAGCAAGAAGAGUCUACGGAGAGCUGCUGGAACUGUGGUCGCAAAGCCAGUGAGACAUGCAGUGGAUGCAACAUUGCCCGCUACUGUGGCUCCUUCUGCCAGCACAAGGAUUGGGAGAGACACCAUCGAAUCUGCGGGCAAGGCCUGCAUAGCCAGGUCAAACCGCUCCCCUUACCAGCAGGCCGAUCAGCAGCAGCCACCCUCAAAGCAGUUGAGGGGAUCCCAAGUCCAGCUCUAGAGAAAACUUCGGCUACCACCUCUCGAUCCUCCACUCCAGCCUCCGUGACAGCGAUAGACACAAAUGGACUCUAAAAGGGGAGGUGACAUCCAGCAUAUUUUGUUAGUUUUCCUAGUUUUUCUACAUUAAAAAAACAGACUCCUCAAAACAGUUGUUGAACAUUUGUACUGCGGCACAUUGUCACUCGAGCUAAUGCUUACGGGGCAUUUUCCCCCCUCCUUCCCCUUGUCCUUAGAAUCAGCUUGCUUAGAAGUCCAUGAUGGUUUUCCUCGCUGGGAUCCCAGAAUGAUCUCCUGGGACUUGGAAGCAGUGGGUUUCCUCAGACCCUGAGAACUUUUGACUUCUUGUUUGUUUUAUCUGCACUUUCUCAAAAGGGUACAUUCAUUUUGUCGCUUUGAGAACUGAUGUGAGUUUCUAAUGAGUUGUUCUCCAUGCCUCCUGUGCUGCUGAGCUCUCGACUUGGUAUUCCCCCCCCCCCCCCAUGAGCUUGCACAAACACACAGUGGCAAAGGGGCAAAGGGAACUACAUCAUGGGUGAUGAGUGACUUGUUUUGCCUGAUUUUCACUCUCACUCCCCCCACCCCAUGGCCAUCUCUCACUUCUGAUUUCUCCCACCACUACCACCUUUUUCCUUUUCCCUCAAGCUGUGGACAGAUUUGGGGAGGAGGAGGAGGUGGCAGAACGAUGCUAUUCUUGUUUGCUGAAGGGAGGAUCUAAAACUAUUUCCUGGACAGUGUGAAUCACGAUCUGUCUCACUUGGCCCAUUUUAAUCCUUCACUUGUGAGAAAAAGUCCAUCUCUAUACAUAUGUCUGUGGUCCUUAACAGAUUGAGAGGUGUCAUGCAGCCAUUUUGCAGAUCACCUUUUGCUACUCUUUCCCCCCAAAUCAACUUGGUUUAUUUUGCUAUACUGAAGACAUUCCCCAUCACCAUACCACAUACACUGUUGGUUUAAAAUACGUUAUUUGAGGUUUAUCAGUGUAUACAUUAACAAACGUGCAUUAUUCCAUCAUAUAAUUUACAGCCUGUUGUCCCCAAACAAGUUGGCUAAAUUAAAUAAGGUUCAUGUAAUUGUAUUAUUAGUGUUUAAACUUUUGCAUAUAUCCAAGGUUAAUGAGGUUCCACGUGUUCUCUAAGCAAUUGCCUUUAACCCACUAACUCCAGUUUCAAGAUUCUGUGCAUUGGAAACAAAGCAGUGUGGCAUCAUAGUGAAAUACUUGGAUAGACUUUUUUGGGUGCUGAGGCUUUGCCUGGUUGCAUCUUUAGCAACCAGCUUGUUAUCUGUGCUGUAUUUAAUGUGCAUCCUUAGAAUGACUCUUCCAAAGAACUAAAAUCCAUUGUCUUAUGAUGCACCAUCAAGUGUGCCAAGUUGCCCAUUAAUGUCCUGGUUGGACAUCAAAUCAAUUGCAAGAUCAGCUGAGGAUUAAUACAAAACUACAGCCACUGGGAAAUCAACAUCUAGAAGUUUUGUGUACAUGAUCUUAUCAUACAUACACCAGAGCACUUGACAUAUGUGGCAGUGCAAAAGACAUCAUUUCCACUUAGCUUGAGAGUCAAUACUAAGAAGGUUUUACUUUUGAGAAACAAGCAUGUUGGUAUGUUUUAAGAUUUGCAGCCACUGCUAUUCAGGAUAUUACUUGAUCUUUUAAAAUGAAACUUUUGGGAACUGCCUUUUUUUUUUUUGCUGAUUCAAGUGUUUCCAUGUUUCCAUGCAUUCAUGUGCCCAGGUAUGCAACUGCACAUAGAAAAACCAGCCAGAAAUAACAUUUGUCAACCCAUCCCCUAGUGAUGUGCUGUCAAAGGGAACAUUCUUGUGUGCUGACUAGUGAUGAGGUUUGGGAAUUCAUCAAAACAUCCUGUUCUAAUGGCCUUCAUAUGCAGAAGAACCCCAACAUAGCCAGACGUUUGAGUGAAAAGCUUUAUUACGAUUACAUGUUUUCUAUUGCUGGAGGAGACUAACAAGCUAUUCCCAGAGUUUGCAGCAAAGAUGGAGAUCCUAAUCAAGUCUGCAGUAUUGAAACUACUUAUUAGCUUAUAAAUCCCAGUUACCACAGAAUUGUCUGAAGAGGACUAAAUACUACAAGAUCAGCUCCAAAGACAUUGUGUGAUUGUGUGUUUGUUUGUGUGUGUGUGUGAGAGAGAGAGAGAGAAGUGGCAUUCUGAUAAAUGGUGUGUAAAUAGACAGUCUUCCAUAACCUUCCCUGCAACUACAAUGUCUUGCUGUGUAUAAAGAAAAAAUACUUUAAUUUUAAUGUACAUAAAUGAAAUACUACCAUUCAUGAUUUAUGAUGAUUUUUGAAAAUGGGGGUUGAAAGAUGUGAAAUUCUAUGAUGAGAAAACUUCUUUGAUUCAGUUCUCUCUGUCUCUUUUUCUCUUUUGGGGAGGGGUCACUUGAUUUUAUGCUAGGGAAUUUUUGUUACCUAUUUCAUGUGCAUAACUUAUUUAAUGUACUGUAUAAAGGAACUGAAACUGUUACAGAUGUAUUUAGUUUGUUCUACUCACAGUAGUCAAUAAAAAGACUAUAUUCACCUUUAA